UUCCCUUCCUACUUACCCACUCGCUCACAGUGGACAAAAGACAAUGGUCAUGGCCAACUCUGCUGCUUUCUCCUCUAAUCUCAUCUCCAAUUUCUUUAAACACCCACCAAAACGCACCCCAAUAUCACCUCCAGUUUAUCAGUUACCCAAGCAUCACCAACUUUUUUCUCUUCUCUCUCCAAAAGUAGCAGCAAAACCCAACUUUUACACCACACCAGCACCACCACCACCACCACCACCAGCCCCCAUCAAUGUAGAGUAUUUAGAGAGAGAAUUUGGAGGCCAUGGUGCUGAGUUCUCUGAGGUAGGGGACAGAUGUGUGGUCAGCAUCGAAUUGGAUGAUGGGAGCUCAGCAAAUCUGGUGCUGCCGAGUGGCCUGAUCACAUCGUAUAAGCCACACAUGUGGCAUGGGGGCACACAGGAGCUCCUUCACACUGUUGUGACUGAGGGGGUUAGAGAGAGAGAGGAGGUGGUGAUAAGUGGCGGGGUCUCUGUGGUUUUGGAGGGAAAGGGUGGUGAUGGGAUUCCAUGGAGAGCUAACAGUUGGGUUCUCCAUGAUGUCAGAGGAAGCCCCCAAGAUGCCAUUGAGGUAGAGCUGAAGAUGUACAGUAGAAGGGAAGACAUGGCUGAAGUGAAAUACAUUGUGACUCUCAAAAAUGAUGCAUUAUACUCAAAUAUUACACUAUCCAACUUCACAUCCUCACCACAAAUGCUUACAGGAUCCAUUAUGAGCCAUCUCACAGUGAGCACCCCUGAUGCUACCUAUGCAGUUGGCCUCCAAAACUCAAAUUACUGCACCAAACCUCCAUUAAUCUCAGAUUUUAGCAUAAUUCCUCCUAAUAAUAAUAGUGCUGAUAAAGCAUCUGAGUUGAGAGAGACAUGGAGCAGGAUGGUGCGACAAGGAUUACCAUUUAAUUGGGGUGGUAGGAGAGAGAACCAGGAAGAUGGUCUAGAGAAAGAUGAUGUUUCAGAAGAAGAUGAAAACGAAGAAGAUGACAACUUUAAGCAUCUGACUGAUAGUAUGAGCAAGAUUUAUACAUAUGCACCCAGGAGCUUCACACUAAUUGACAGGGGGAGAAGGAACUCUGUGGUAGUAGGAAGAACUGGGUUUGAUGAGCUUUAUGUUUACAGCCCUGGUUCCAACCAUGAAUGGUAUGGAAAGUACGCAUAUAUAUGCACUGGUCCAUUGGCCAUGCUCAAACCAGUGGUCGUGGCUCCCGGUUCAGUGUGGAAGGGUUCUCAAUUUCUCCAUAACCCAAGCUCGUAGAUUAGAAAUACACAGAUUUUAUAACGCAGUUUGUUUGCUUUUCUUCUUAAGAGCUCCAGAGAAAUAAUAUUUUUGUUAAGAAGAAAAGAACUUGCUGCCAAUAAGAAUAUCUUCAGCAUUUUCUUGUAAGUUGUAACUGUGAUAUAAUGUAAUAUCACCUCUAGAUUUCAGUAGUGUA